UGUACCUGAAAAAGAGCCAUCAGUUCAUAUCGUUUUGUACAUAUUUGAAUUCUAUUACAUUGCAUCAGUGUGAACAUCAUAACACUGCAGAGACCAACAUCCUCAAUUUCUGUGCACAUUGCAUGAACGAAAUAUGGGGAGCUGGCUUUCUGUGCGCCCAAGUUCUGCACCGUCAAUUCCAGCAGGUCCACCCCUCAGGAUUGUGCUGAUUGGGAAAACUGGAGUUGGGAAAAGUGCUGCAGGGAACACCAUUUUAGGGAGAACAGAAUUUCAGUCUGAAGCAAGUGCAAAUUCUGUUACACACGACUGUAAACCAGGAUCAACCAAAGUGCCACGGGACAUACAGGUGGUUGAUACUCCUGGUAUAUUAGACACAGAUGAGGAUCAGGCUGAGAAAAUUAAAGAGGCAAUCCUGAAGUGCAUUAAGAUCUCCUCACCAGGUCCCCACGCCAUUCUGCUGGUCAUAUCAGCUACCCGCUUCACCAAAGAGGAGCAGAAUGCAGUCAAGGCCCUCGAAGUGAUCUUUGGGGACAGAGCAAAAAACUACAUGAUUGUCCUCUUCACCCGUGCAGAUGAUCUGGAUGGCAAAACAAUGAAUGAGUUUGUACGCACCGGUCAUGUAAAGCUACAAGAAGUGAUAAGAAGCUGUGGAGGGAGAUACCAUGGGUUUAACAACAAGAGUAAGGCCAGGACGCAGGUAGUAGAGUUAGUCAAGAAAAUAGAUGAAAUGGUAUCAAGUAAUGGUGGAGAACACUUUUCUGAGGAGAUGUAUGAAGAGACAGCUAAAGUCAUGCAAGAAAUGAACCUGGCCAGCGAUUCACCAGUGCUGGAUAAGUAUUUGUCUUUCAUUCCUCGCCUCCGAAAAAAGAUUACCCGGUAUCAGCAGAUUCUUAGUGCAAAACGUUGAUAGUAAAAUUAUGAUGACUUGUCAGAUUGUUUUUUAUUUCCAUCAUCGUGAAACCACAAAGUAGAAAAAGGCGCACGCAUGUGAGAAACGUCCAUUGAACCCUUUCUCUUCACGCAAGGAUUCUCUUA